GCUGUUUACAAACAUAAAAACAAGAAACCAGCAAACAUAGCAGCUGCAGAAGCAGCAAAUUCUUCACACACACACACACACACUUCACGCUCACUCUCCCACUCUCUGUUCACACCCAAAUCAGUUCUCAACAGAAAUCCAGCAAAACCAACAAAAGCAAAAAAAAAAAAAAAAAAUAGGUUCAGCAAAAUGGAAGGAAAGGGAUCAUCAUUAGUCCAUUUACUAGUGAUAGUCUUGAGCUUGGUCGCUUUUGGAUUUGCCAUUGCAGCUGAAAGACGCAGAAGCACUGGUACCUUCGUUGAAGACAAAAAUACAAAUCGCACGUACUGUGUUUACAGCUCGGAUGUUGCAACUGGAUAUGGUGUAGGUUCUUUCUUGUUCCUUCUUUCAAGUGAGUCCCUACUUAUGGGGGUCACAAAGUGCAUGUGUUUCGGAAGGCCCUUAGCACCCGGUGGAAAUCGAGCUUGGGCCAUUAUCUAUUUUGUUUCUUCAUGGAUGACAUUUCUGGUUGCGGAAGCUUGUAUAGUGGCCGGCGCUAAGAAUAAUGCUUAUCACACCAAGUACAGGGACGUGAUAUAUGCACAGAACUUUUCUUGUGAGACGCUAAGGAAAGGUGUGUUCAUUGCAGGAGCAGUUUUUGUGGUUGCAACAAUGCUUCUCAAUGUGUAUUACUACAUGUACUUCACCAAGGCCAUUAAUCAACCCGCUCGGAAAGCAAGUCGUGCUAGCUCAAGUGUCGGCAUGACUGGGUAUGCAUAGGUUUAGCUGAUGAAACUAGAUAGGUGGUGGGAGUCUUCUCCUCCUUUUUGAUCUUUAGAAGGCUGCGAUUUUGCUGUUAUACAACAGAUUGUUUCGUCAAGUCUGAUUUACUUAUCUAAUCGUGUAAGUAUGCAUAUUUAGGCAAAAAAAAAAAAGGCAUAUAUCUAUCAAACCCAAUGGUAUUUGCCUAAAACAAGGAUGCAGGAAGUAAAUAUUAUUAUAAUGGUUUCUUUUCUGGUGUUU